UAUCAUACAAAAUGAGAAGAGCCCAAGAAGAUCACAUCCAAAACACCAACACCAACGCCAACAGCAAGAAUCAAAGCAAUAUUCUUCAAAGAAGAGAAUCAAGAAUCUGCAGAGCACUGUGUUGCAGCAGCAACACGAGAUUCAGCGUCUCGUCGUCUUCUUCCUCGGAAAGAUUCUCCGACCAACACGGCGGCGGCGGGUCGCUUUCGAGUCUAACUCACUACAUGGUCCAAGAGAAGCUCGACCAGAUGAUAAGGGAGAGACAAGAAGCGACGCACCAGGAGAAGAUUACGCAAAGGAGGAGGAGAACGAGAACGAGAACAAGAAGUGGAGGAGGAAGGAACACCAAGUUCAUCGUGAUGAUGGCAAUGGAGAAAUACUCGUAUGACCCACGAGAGGAUUUCAGAGAUUCCAUGGUGGAGAUGAUCAUAUCAAACCGUAUCAGUGAUGCUGAUGAGCUCAGAAGCCUCUUGGAGUAUUAUCUAUCGAUGAAUCCUCUCGAUCAUCGCCCUGUAAUCCUCGAGAUCUUCUACGAGGUUUGUUCUGAUCUGUUCUUGUGUCCGUGACAGCAUUCUAUCUUACAAGACAGAACAAGAGAUUCUUACGCGACAGAAAUAUGCUGAAAGUUUCAGUCUUUGUGUAAGAUAACCGACUGGUUCAGUAUCUGACAUCUGGGUCGUAUCUAAAUUGAACCGGUUUAUUUUAGAAUCUGCAAUCAAAAUGUUGUGACUCAGGUUGGUUAUGUAUAG